UUGCUUCUAGACUUUGCAGUGAAGGUAAUCGGAAGAUCACGUUCAAUUUUCUUUUCAGCGCUUUCGUUGUGGGCUAUUUCUCUAACGGGUUUGUUCUCCGUGGAAACUCCGCUCAUUCAUUUAUUGCUGUUCGGUUCUGUUGCUGCCGACGUCGACCCAGUUGCUGUAAUCGUCAUUUUUGAAGAACUAGGUGUCAACGAGAUCCUAUUCAUUAGCGUUUUCGGUGAAUCGCUGCUCAACGAUGGUGUUGCUGUUGUGUUCUACCGCAUGUUUGUAUCAUUCACUGAAAUUGGAACGGAGAACCUUAUUACCAUGGACUAUGUGAAUGGUGCAAUUUCGUACUUGGUUGUCUGCUUUGGAGGAAUUGGAGUUGGAAUUUUAGUGGCCCUAUGUGCUAGUUUUAUAACAAAAUAUACCCAUCACGCAGAGGUUACAGUGCUCAAUCCAGUAUUUGUCAUAGUACUACCUUUUCUUUCCUAUCUAGUUGCGGAGAUGUUCGGCUUGUCCAGUAUUAUGGCCAUCGUCUUCUGUGGAGCAGCAAUGAAACAAUAUGUGAAGGCUAACGUUCCAGAGCAAGCUUUACUCUCAAUUAAUUACUUUAUCAAGGUGCUCUCUAUGUGCUCAGAGACAGUGAUAUUUGUGUUCCUCGGUCUUUCUACGGUCUCAUCUGACCAUCACUGGGAUACACCAUUCAUCGUAUUGACUACCGUAUUCUGUCUGAUUUACCGUACUCUUGGCGUCGUUGUCAUGUGCUUUGUACUCAACAAAUAUCGUCUUAACAAAUUUUCAAAGGUUGAUCAGUUUAUUAUGGCUUAUGGCGGUCUUCGUGGUGCGAUCGCUUACGGUCUUGUUGUAGCUCUGCCGAACAUACCAGCCAAGAACAUGUUCAUCACCAGUUGUAUUGUCGUCAUCUACUUCACAGUCUUUUUGCAGGUGCACUUUCUGAAAUUAUGCAUUCUUCCGGAUCAUCUCAUUCAUUUUCUGAUUGUUGUGUUCUUCUAA